CACGUCAGAGGUGCGAGGGUUCAAUUGUAUAUGCCCAAAGCGGCACCAUCGAUUAUCUCUCAAAUUACUCGAACCUCACAAAUAUAAACCAUUCCAUACUACAGCCGGAUGUCAACAUCUAAGUGACAAUUCUCGCCUUGCGAUAGUAACGAUGCCGCCUAACGAGAUGGACAGCUCGUGGGAGAACGAGAAGCGAUUGAGGCACCAGAAUUCCGGCUCAAUCGAUUUUGGCAAGGCCAUGAUCCCUAUGUGGGAUAGCUCUGAUCCGGACAGAGCACCUCCUCCACUUCCAUUAAACCCUUCAUCACCAAGUGUUACCUCGCGGCCGAAUACCUCGACUGCUAUACAAUCGGCACACGCAGCCCUCACAGAGAGGGGCCGAGAAGGCCCACUCGCCGCAAAUAGUGCAGUAAAGCGCAUGGAAACCCCAGAGAGAUCUCUUAUCAAGGGUGCUGCACACAAGCGCAUGCAGUCAUUACAAAUAGGCCAUGUACGAGACCUAAGCAACUUCAUAGAUGGUGGGGGGUUGUCGCCGACGAAGUCACCCGAGAGGACGCCUCAACGUCCUCCAUCUCCAGACAAGAAGGACGACGAGGAACAUAACGAUAUGGCGAGAUCACCAGAGAAGGAAAGUAGCCGCUCAGCUACACCUACAGCGGCUCCUACACCACGAGAAAACUUCAACGUGCGGCCAUCGCUACGCCGACCACAAUCCAGCAUUCUGAGCGACAGCAGUUCCCCACAGUCUGCCACGAUGCUGGCUUUGCAAUCAAUGUCCAACAGAGAGAGCCGAGAAAGUAGAGAAAUCAGGGAAAGCGCAAGCCCGCCACCUCCUGCGACCACUAAUAACUCUACUGCUAUGGUGCGCGUUCCGCAAAGUUUCGACGCUAUAUCAAACCAGAUUCUCAGUCUUACGAGCAUUGCGACGAGCCUUCAACGUGAGAUGGCCCAGCUAAAUCGCCGAAGCAAAGAUAACGCCACGGACUUGGUGAGCCUGAAAGAGGCAACAAAUGCGCGAGACGAAGAUAUCAGGAAAAGCCUUCGAGACUUGUCUACAAAUCUGACUACGCCCACAUCUCAAUCGCCCUACAUGCUACGCUCAAGCGAGAACUAUAUGCUUGACGAUAAACCCCAUACCCCGCAAUCAAGGAGCAUGAAAUCCAUUUCCCUGCCACGGAUACCAAGUCCUACCUCGUUUUCGGCUUCAAUUGACCGCGGACUAACUGGGACCCCGGCCCCCACUUCUUACAACCCCGACGGUUCUGCAUCUAUCGCCCUCCUGGAGAAGGUUUUGAGAGAAAUGGGGACCAAAGAAGGCCAGGACCUGCUUAUAUCACGCUUAACCGUAGUCUCCAACUUACUCUCUCACGACGGGAUAGAGACAGCGAAGAAGAUGGACGAGGUUCUAGACUUAAUCAAAGAGGGUUCUGGCCACCGUGCGUUGGUUGUCAACAAGAGUGGCGGCAACAAUUCCAAUAGACCUCGUGACUUCAGCUUCGAACAACCUCCAAAAUCGGAAGUAGAUUACGACGGACUCCCUUCAGGGCCUAUGGUUAGUCGUGUGGAGAAUCUUCUUGGCGGUGGAUCGAAGGGGAGUGGGAAGUCUCGCGCAUCUGACAUCAUCAACGAAGACGUGUUGAAGUUAAUCAAAGGCAUUAAAGAUAGCGUGGCACAGGGAGGCGGGCUUACAGCUGAAGUCAAGGCUCUCGUGCGUGAGCUUCGGGGUGAAGUUCUUGGAAUGGGCCGUGAUAUUGGGAGGAAACUCGAACAAGCAAGGAUUGACCCCAGCGCUUCAUCCCAAGAUGCAGCCGCCUCGAACGAACAGGUAGCUCAGAUUAUAAACGAGGGGCUUCUGGAUCUCAAACAGCAUCUGGAUCACGUACUGCGAGAAGCUCGCCGGCAAUCAUCGUCAUCAGCCAUAUCUCGAAGCAAUGUUGAUGGCCAAGAGGUAUACCACGCCGUCAGAAGUGCUCUUACCGACACCCAGCCUGGUGGAGUUGCGAAGGAAGAUGUCAUAGAUGCUGUCCGGGAAGCAUGGGAGAACUACAAACCAGACAUCGAGCUACAGCACUUCGGAUUAGAGCGUGAAGAGAUGCUAUCAUGCCUUAAAACAGGCAUCCAAGAGUAUAUGCCUCAAGACACUGGUCGCGAAGUUGGCGCUACACGAGAAGAGGUGUUUGUAGCUGUUGUCGAAGGCCUGAAACACUUUACGCCACCUCAAGUCGAGACGGAGGCAAGCCUUUCGCGGGAUGAAAUCCUUGACGCAGUGAGGGAAUGCCUAGAGGAGUUUGAAUUCCCAUCGGCUCCUUCACCAGAACCCAGAGACAUCGACACCAUGAGAGAGGACAUGCUCGAUGCUGUUACAGAAGGUCUAAGUCGCUUCGAUUUUCCAAUCCAGACUGCGCAAGGCAACGAACUUAGCCGCGAUAUUGGGGGAGAUUCUCUGACGAAAGAUGAUGUUUUCGAUGCCAUCAAAGCGGGUCUAGAGGAUAUACCACAAACUUCUGAUGCCUACGGCGAGCAAAUCCAUGAACGUCUCCAAGAAGUUCUUGACGCUAUGCACAGUGAAUUUAGGGCUGUUUCCGACGAAGCCAAGCAAAAUGUGGCAGCUCAUGGACGGGACACCGAACAAGUUCUUGAUGCGACCAAGGAUGGUUUCGAGAAGCUCCGAAUCGACAUCGAGACCUACGUUGAUCGUGCUGCUGAUGUUACCGGAAAGGUCGAAAUUAUUGAUUGCAUAAGAGACAACUUCGAUGGGCUACGUGAAGAGUUAGCACACACCAUGGCUCAAGGCUCGGAUGUUUCAAUGGAAUCUGUCAGGCACGAACUGAACAGCUUCCGUGAAGCAAUGGCCACCUCUGUCGUCCCAGCGGGAUCGAGUGUUGAUAGGGACGAGAUCCUUUCUACCCUGAGAGACGGGCUAGAUGGUCUCCGAGCAGAUAUGGAGAGGCCGAGGGAUAGUGGUGAGAGCAUCUUAUCUGGAACAGGGGAGAUUCUAGACGCUCUUCAUGACGGACUCAAUAGCUUGAGGGUCGAAGUUGAGAGGAUCGGUAGCAAGCCUGUUGAUAUGACGGUGAACUACGAGAUUCUGGAUACUCUGAAGGCCGGCAUGGAGGGCUUGAGGCUUGACAUCGACCGUCUACGUGACAGUGGAUUACACGACAACCAUAGCAGCAACGGCGACAGGGACAUUGCCGCGAUUACUAGCGGUGCGGUAAUUGCCACCGAGGGCCUCAAACGGAACGACAUUGAGAACCUUGAAGUGUUGAUCUCUCAGUUGGGGGCUAAAGUUGAGUCACUCGAAAAUAUGCCUCCCCAGUCAACAGUGCCUCCAGCGGAUUCGGUGUGUAGAGAGGAUAUUAUUCAUCUGGAGGAGACCUUACGCCAUGUGCAGGAAUCUGUCGUGGAAAUGUCAGGCCGACAGCCUUCUCAGGUCGGCGAGGAGAGCGUGCACAAAGAGGAUUUUGAGGCCAUUGAGACCCUCCUUCGGAACACCAAAGCUAAAAUCGAUGAUUUGGACCCGGAACACCUUGUCAAGAAGGAUCACCUUGACGCCGUCGAGGAUAUUAUCAGGGAGACUCGAGACUCGAUCAGCGAUAUCUUGGCUCAAAUUCCAGAAACGGCAAAGCGAGAGGAUGUUGGCAUUGUGGAGGCUCUGGUAAAAGACGUUAUGGUCAUGCUCCAGGAUGUCAAAGAUGUCUCAGAAAAUGAUGGUAACGUUGGAAUCAUUUUGCUCGGCGUCAAAGAUCAAAUUGACAAGAUGAUCACCGACGAUCUUGCCGGGCUUGCUAGCAAAGAGGAUGUUAAUACCCUCGGUGACAUCAUCAAAGACAUGAAGGGUGCAAACAAUACCGCCUUCGAGGAACGCCAGGCAGAAAUUGUCGGUGUCGGCGAGCGAGUCAGCGAAGUCAAAACACUCCUCGAGGAGUUUAGAGACGCAAUCAAGUCGAAGGUCGAAGAAGGCACUGCAGGCGUAGACUCGAUCAGCAAGCUCCUGGAAGGUCUAAGGCCUGUAAUCAGCUCCAAUGCCAACAUUACCGAAGAUGUCAAGGAGGUCUUGGAAACCAUAAAAGUUGAGUUCGAACAAUCCAAUAAUGGGGUUGUAGGCGCGAAGCUAGAAUCCGAGGAGAAGUUCGAAAAGACCUGGGAAAAGAUUGACGGGAAAUUCGAGGACUUGAUGCUAAAAUAUGACGAUGCCCAACUAGCGGCCGAGUCCAAAGAGAAAUCGGGUGAAGAGAGGAGGGUCGAGUCUGAGGCUGCACUCCAGGACACGAAGGCGAUUGCGAAAGAGCUGAAGUUGCUCAUCAACACGCUCGGCUCCACCUUGACUGACUCGGUUGAUAAGAUGGAUGAGGCUUCAAAGACAGUCUUCAAUCGUGUUGAGGAUACCUAUUCGAAACUCGAAGAGACCCAUACUGAGGUUAGGACCGAGAACCAGCUCACUCGUGAUCAAGUCAUGAAAACCCUUUGCGCAGUUGAAGAUGUGCAUUCCAACGUCAACGAUUAUAACCCGAAGAUCCUCGAUUCCAUCAAGGAUGUGCUAUUGAUUGUCGGCCAGCAUUACGAACACUCCAAGACAUCAACCGAUACCAUCCAGGAAAAGAUCAAGGAGCGCGACGUUGCCUCAUUGUCCUCGGUUCAAGGUCUGCUGCAAAAUACGCCAUCAAACAAAUAUGAUGACGGAGAGGUUCAAGAGAAGUUGAACAAGCUUGUGGACCAUAUGCACUCUGCGGGGAAGUCGUUUGCCCAGCUGGAUAUGCUUGGCGAGAUCCACCGUAAGGUAAUGCAGACAGCUGCCGAGGUUUCCGAAUUUGUGUCUAUUCAAACGCAGCGCAUAUCCAAUGAUCACGAGGACAAAGUCAAGGAGGCUGAUGAAGCAGCGAUUACGCUCGAGAAAAGACUGGCAGAACAGGAACGUGUCGAAGCAGAUAUUGCCAGACAACGCACCGAGGAGCACCGGCUGAAAGACUCUGUAGCCUCGCUCAAAGCGGAGCAAGAUGUUCUCUUCCAGCAGAAGAUGCGUCUCUCAGCCGAUGUCUCAAGCCUCGAGACAGCCCUCCGCAUCCGCCGUGAGGAGCUUCACAACAUGGAAGCCCGCGCCGAGGGACUCGAGCGCCGCAUCCUCGAAGGCGUCAUCGACCACUCCCGCGCCUUCCUAAUCGGCAAGACAAGAGGCCGCGACCUGAUGAACCUCAAGCGCGUCCCCAGCCACGCGGCAUCUACAACCGGCUCGGUGACGAGCGGUGCGAGCUCCUCGAGGAACCGCUCCGCAGGCACGAUGCACAGCGCUGUGGGUAUGGCCAUGAAUGCCCCGCCGCGCGCUAUCGUCACUCACCCCAUCUCCAACCCCGCCGGCGCAUCGAGACGCAACUUCUCCCUCAACCAGAUCACGAAUAACGUCCCCACCGGUGGCGUCAAGCGAAGCCACAGUGUCAAGAACUCGAGUGGCAGCGGGGCGCUGAGGAAGACGAGCUGGGGUGGUAGUAUGCCCCGACACGGGUAUGGAGACCUGAAUAAGGAGAACUUGGCGCUGAAGGAGAGUGAUGAGGAGAGUGGCCAUGAUGACGAUGGGGAGGUUAGUGAUAGUGGGACGCUGAGGAGGAAGAGUGGUGGGACGGUGAGCACGAUGACGGGGACGGAUGUUAGUGGGAGCAUUGAUGAGGGGACCGAAUAUAGCGAGUCGGAGGAGGGGAGCUAUUAUGAUGAUGAGGAGGAGUCGACGGUGGGGGCGGAGGGGAGGGGAGUAGUGAUGUAUGAGCAGCCUGCUUAGUUGUUGGGAUACUGUAUAUUUUGCUUGUGUUGUGUUUUUGUUUGUCUGUUGUCUUUGAGCGAGAGCAAAAAGGGAAGCCCUAUCUGAGUGGACUUGGAUUUGGCGAUGGGGAAGGGUGUUUGGAAUUCGGCCGGGGGGGAUGGGUAGGAUGGGACUGGAUUGAUUGGGUGUUUGAUGAUGAACUUCUUUUUCACUUUUUAUUUUACUUUAGGGAAGCGAUGGUGUUGUGGGAGGGUAUUCCAUAAGGGGGUUGAAGUGAAUUGAUUACUCUGAAUUAAAUCUUGUGUAGUAUUUUGGACGACUUUUGCUGUGAUGGUUAUCUCUCGGGUCUUGAAUCUUAAUAUGAGGAUGUUUGUGUUGCUAUUUUCGAUUUGAUGGACGGGGUUGUUUAUUUGAAGGGCUGUACUGUAACACUGGGGUUUGAGUUUGAUUUGAGUGAGGAUAAAGUAAUGGCUAUUAUUAUUUUGGGGCUCAAUUAUAAAAAU